CGUGGGAUAAAUCGUGGAAGAAAAUCUUUUCUAUGGUCGUCGGUUUGUGGUUUAUUAAUGGUUUUAAAAAGUUCAAAUUUCACACGUGAGAUUUGUUAGUUUUAUUGGGUAGAUAAUGCCUUUCCUCGCGAAGGGAAAACGUAUGAACGGCAUUAAGCGAAGUAAAUUUCUAUCCAAGAAUGAUAACAAUUCGAAUGUGACCAAAAAGCGGCCCAAAAAUGAAGAGGUUACAAGUAGCGAAGAUGAAGAGGUGACGAAGGAUGACGAGAACGAUGCUAUUUCUAGCUCGGAAGACGAGAAUGAAACCGCACAAGAGAAAAAGCUGCGGUUAGCUAAGCUUUAUUUGCAAGAAAUCGAGAAAGAAGAAAAAGCCAGGUUAGAACAGGAAGAAAUUGAACCCGAUGUCAUUUCAAAGCGAUUGAGGCAGGACUAUCUUAAGGAAAGUGGAAAAUUGCGGCUGAGCGUCGCCGACAAGUACAAGGGUGUCGAUUAUAGUGGAGUGAAGAUUUUGAGAUGCCGUCAACAGAGGAAUAGCUUAACCUGCUUUUGUUUAUCCAGUGAUGAUAAAUACGUGUUUGUUGGUAGUAAAGACGGGAUUGUAGUGAAAUAUUCCUUAAGGGAUGGCGCGAAGGUUGGACUUAUUCCAUUUACCAGGCGAAAUGAAGGUGAAGUUGUGGGCCACUCUAGUGAAAUUUUAAGUUUAGCAAUAUCUACGGACAGCAAGUUUUUAACUGUGGGCGACAAAUCGGGAAAUAUUCAAAUUUGGGAUCCCGCCACUUUCAAACACGUCAAAACACUCAUGGGACAUAAAAGCUGGGUAACGGGGCUGGCAUUUAAAAAGGAAACCCAUACUUUGUACUCUUGCAGCAAGGAUAAAACAGUGAAGGUUUGGAAUUUGGAUGAAAUGUCCUAUGUGGAAAGUUUGUUUGGGCAUCAGGACAUGGUGGCAUCGAUUGAUACUUUAUAUAGAGACAGGGUGGUGACAUCUGGUGGACAUGAUCUAAGAGUGUGGAAAAUCACAGAAGAGACUCAGCUUAUUUAUAACGGACACACAGGCAAUAUCGACAAUGUGAGGUUAAUAAACGAGGAAAACUUUAUUACAGGCGGCGAUGAUGGCCAAAUAUGUGUAUGGAGCAUAUUGCGGAAGAAACCGCUGCAGUGUAUUGAAAGGGCGCAUGGAGAGAAUGAAGGCAAUCACCAGGCCAAUUGGAUUACAGCAGUGUGCGGUUUGAUGAAUACCGAUUUAUUCGCAUCAGGAUCAAAGGAUGGAUUCGUGCGAAUGUGGAAAUUGGAUAAUGGUUUUAAAUCGAAUAAAGAGAUUUUAAAAGUUAAAGUGGAGGGUUUUGUUAAUUCGAUUGCCUUCACUUCAGAUGGACAAUAUCUCCUGGUGGCAGUUAGUAGAGAAUAUCGGUUCGGGAGGUGGGAUUGCGUCAAAGACGCCAAGAACUGUGUCCUGGUUAUUCCGUUUUUGUUGGAGUAGCUGACACUUUUUGAAUAUUCUUUUUUGUUAAUUGUUUCCCCGCAUAUUUUUGGUUACAAUAAACAAGUGAUCAAUCAAAUUAUUUUUUAUUUCACUACCAUUACUUGUUCAAUGUUAUUUCUGCGAAU